AUGCCCCGGAGGCUGGCGGCAGAGACAGAACUCCCCCCCGUCUGUCGUCAAGGAGCCAUCACGGGUCGGCAGCGUAAUUGCGCGAGUCACAUUAUGCGCGAUGGGGAGGAGAGGACAGCGGCGCCGCUCAUCCUUACUCUAAUAUCACCUGACUUUGCAGCAGUGGCCCUGUCCCCCUCCAUGCCCACUCGGUGCCCCCUCUCCCGGCUAAUUCCGUUAUACAUUCCCCCCCGACUGGAAGGAAGAGAGGUUGUCAUCUAA